GGUUUAUGUGGCCUCGCUUGUGCUCUGCUCUGUUCAGUCUUGUCAUAGUGACUUCUCUCUUAUUUCCAACAACCACACGUUCUAUUCUGCAACAUUACAAUAUUCAACUAUCUAUAACUAUAACUAACUUCACCGACUUUGCUUUCCUACUAAUAUGUCAUGAAUUUUGAUUUUCAAAUUUAAUUGUUUUUCGUGACAUGAACAACUACUGCGUUUCAUAUUUCCAAUCUCAAAUGGAUCAACAACGAUUGCCUCGUCCUAAGAAACCAAUCAUUGCAGAUGAUGAGAUCAUGGAGUUGUUAUGGCAAAACGGCCAAGUUGUUACACAGAGGCCAAACCACCGUCAUGCCAAGAAACCACCGUCAUGUCAAGAAACAACUCGCGGCGGAGGAGCUUCUCCAGUAGAAAACUACAAUCAAUAUCUCUUCAUGCAAGAAAACGAAAUGGCUUCAUGGCUUCAUUACGAUGAUUCUCCCUUCGAUCGAACCUUCUCCACUGAUUACCUCAAUACGCCGCCGGCGACGGCUAAUAACAACAGUAGCAUACAAACUCCGACGUCGGUGGUUCCUUCUCGUCCUCCAAUUCCCCCGCCACGGAGGAUGGGGCACGUACAGCCUGAGACACCGAAUUUCGCAAAACACGGUGUAAUGAACACUGCUGUGAGGGAAUCAACGGUUGUGGAUUCGUGUGAUACACCAGCUGUGAUGCCGGCGGCGUUUUCGGAGACGGUGAAAAGCUUGGCGGAUCAAACGGAAGGAGACACCGAAGUAGCGGUGGUUUCGACAACUUUUGAUGAACCGGGAGGUUCAAGUAGCAGUGAAGAACCUGAACCGGUUGGGAAGGUAGCGGAGCAGGACCGAAAGAGGAAGGGAAUAGAAGCGGAGGAAUGGGAAUAUCAGAGCGAGGAUGUUGAUUUUGAAUCUGCGGAAGCCAAAAAAAAUAUCAGUGGAUCAUCUACAAAGAGAUCUCGUGCUGCUGAGGUCCAUAAUCUCUCAGAGCGGAGGCGCCGUGAUCGGAUUAAUGAAAAGAUGAAAGCUCUGCAAGAACUUAUACCUCGAUCUAAUAAGUCUGACAAAGCAUCUAUGCUGGAUGAAGCAAUUGAUUACUUGAAGUCGCUGCAGUUACAAGUGCAGAGAGUACAACUUAUGCAGAUGAUGUCCAUGGGAUGUGGCAUGGUACCUAUGAUGUUUCCUGGAAUCCAGCAGUAUAUGCCAACGGUUGGAAUGGGAAUGGGGAUGGGUAUGGAAAUGGGAAUAAACAGACCAGUAAUGCCAUUUCCCAAUAUGUUAUCCGGUUCUGCUUUGCCUGCAGCCGCAAAUUUGGGACCAAGGUUCGCGAUGCCUCCUUUCCAUAUGCCGCAUGUUCCAACACCUGGUUCAUCCAGAAUGCAAGCAGCAAAUCAGGUAGAUAAUAAUGUGAUCACCUCAGCUGGAACACAUGAUUCAAAUCAGUCACGUACCCCAAACUUCAGUGAUUCUUAUCAACAAUAUCUUGGACCCCACCAGAUGCAGUUUCAAUUGAUGCAGAAUCAAGCAAUGAACCAACCAAAUGUCAGCAGGCCUCUUGAGAAACCAGAAACCCGCCAGUCAGGAGAUAAGUGAUUAUUUGAUAGUUUCAAUCAAGGGCUGGCUAUUCAGAUGGUGCUUCUUAUUAUUGUAUAUUAUCUGAUACUACUAGCUCUCAAUAUGGUACUACUAGUAUUAUUGUUAUAUUUUCUGCCACUCCUAAUACAGUAUGCCAAGUUUUGUAGUGUGACGGAACGAACUUUUUAACAGUUCUCAGUUGCAAGCUAAUCUAUACUACACUGCUAACAUGUAAACUGUUGUAACUUAGUUUUUUCUCUUCCCUCAUUUACAUUAUUCUGUUUACAAAAUAAAAUGGGUACACUUAUCAUAGGAUAAAGUGUCAAUCGAUUAUAUGUAUGUAAAUGUAAUGUUGUAUACUUGUUUUUACAAAAUAAUGUUAGAUACUUAUAUCA